GGCUCCUACCCGGGCGGCAGCGGCGGUGGCGGCAUUAGAAUGAGUAACAAUAUCAACGCCAACAAUCUCAACACAGACUCGUCCUCCUCCCCCGUCAAUGUGCCCAAGAUGGAUGCGCUCAUCAUCCCGGUGACCAUGGAGGUGCCUUGUGAUAGCCGCGGACAGCGCAUGUGGUGGGCUUUCCUCGCCUCAUCCAUGGUCACUUUCUUUGGGGGACUGUUUAUCAUCCUGCUGUGGAGGACCCUCAAGUACCUGUGGACUGUCUGCUGCCACUGUGGAGUCAAAAACAAGGAGGCCCAGAAGAUCAAUGGUGCAGGAGAUACACAGGCAGAUGGGGCCUGCAAAACAACAGAUGAAAAAGAAGAGAAUGUGGCAGCAGAAGUGGGUUGGAUGACCUCUGUGAAGGAUUGGGCAGGAGUCAUGAUAUCUGCCCAGACAUUAACUGGCAGAGUACUUGUUGUCUUAGUCUUCGCUCUUAGUAUUGGUGCUCUUGUAAUAUACUUCAUAGAUUCGUCAAACCCAAUAGAAUCUUGCCAGAAUUUCUACAAAGAUUUCACAUUACAGAUCGACAUGGCUUUCAAUGUGUUCUUCCUACUCUACUUCGGCCUGCGUUUCAUAGCAGCCAAUGACAAGCUAUGGUUUUGGCUAGAAGUUAAUUCAGUAGUAGAUUUCUUCACGGUUCCUCCAGUGUUUGUGUCAGUAUAUUUAAACAGAAGUUGGCUUGGUUUAAGAUUUUUAAGAGCCCUUAGACUGAUACAAUUUUCAGAAAUUUUGCAGUUUCUGAAUAUUCUUAAAACAAGUAAUUCCAUCAAGCUAGUGAAUCUGUGCUCUAUAUUUAUCAGCACAUGGCUGACAGCAGCUGGGUUCAUACAUUUGGUGGAGAACUCAGGGGAUCCAUGGGAAAAUUUCCAAAAUAAUCAACCUCUGACAUAUUGGGAAUGUGUUUAUUUACUGAUGGUUACAAUGUCCACUGUUGGCUAUGGAGAUGUUUAUGCAAAAACAACCCUUGGGCGCCUUUUCAUGGUCUUCUUCAUCCUUGGGGGAUUGGCCAUGUUUGCCAGCUACGUCCCUGAAAUCAUAGAGUUAAUAGGAAACCGCAAGAAAUAUGGUGGUUCCUAUAGUGCGGUUAGUGGAAGAAAGCACAUAGUUGUCUGUGGUCAUAUAACACUUGAAAGUGUGUCCAACUUCCUGAAGGACUUUCUGCACAAGGAUAGGGAUGAUGUCAACGUAGAAAUCGUCUUUCUGCAUAAUAUCUCCCCUAACCUUGAGCUGGAAGCUCUUUUUAAACGACACUUCACUCAGGUGGAAUUUUAUCAGGGUUCAGUCCUUAAUCCCCAUGACCUGGCGAGAGUGAAGAUAGAGUCAGCAGAUGCGUGCCUAAUCCUUGCCAAUAAAUACUGCGCUGACCCAGAUGCUGAAGAUGCCUCCAAUAUUAUGAGAGUUAUUUCAAUAAAGAAUUAUCAUCCGAAGAUAAGAAUUAUCACUCAGAUGCUGCAGUAUCACAAUAAGGCCCAUCUGCUGAAUAUCCCAAGCUGGAACUGGAAAGAAGGGGAUGAUGCAAUCUGUCUUGCUGAGCUCAAACUGGGUUUCAUAGCCCAAAGCUGCCUGGCACCAGGCCUUUCAACAAUGCUGGCCAACCUCUUCUCUAUGAGAUCAUUCAUAAAGAUUGAGGAGGAUACGUGGCAGAAAUACUACUUGGAAGGAGUUGCCAAUGAAAUGUAUACAGAAUAUCUGUCUAGUGCCUUUGUGGGUUUGUCCUUCCCUGCAGUUUGUGAACUGGUGUUUGCGAAACUAAAGCUCUUAAUGAUAGCCAUAGAAUACAAGUCGGAAAAACGAGAAAGCAGUAUAUUAAUCAAUCCUGGAAACCAUGUCAAGAUUCAAGAAGGUACUUUAGGAUUCUUCAUUGCAAGUGAUGCCAAAGAAGUAAAAAGGGCAUUUUUUUACUGCAAGGCCUGUCAUGAUGACAUCACUGAUCCCAAAAGGAUAAAAAAAUGUGGCUGCAAACGGCCCAAGAUGUCCAUCUACAAGAGAAUGAAACUGGCAUGUUGUUUUGAUUGCGGACGCUGUGAGCGUGACUGCUCUUGCAUGUCAGGCAGUGUACAUAGUAACAUGGACACCCUUGAGAGAGCCUUCCCACUUUCUUCUGUCUCUGUUAAUGAUUGCUCCACCAGUUUACGUGCCUUUGAAGAUGAGCAGCCAUCGACACUAUCACCCAAAAAAAAGCAGCGAAAUGGAGGCAUGCGAAAUUCACCCAACUCCUCACCCAAACUGAUGAGGCAUGACCCCUUGUUAAUUCCUGGCAACGAGCAGAUUGACAAUAUGGAUGCCAAUGUGAAAAAAUAUGACUCUACAGGGAUGUUUCAUUGGUGUCCAGCCAAGGACAUUGAAAAGGUCAUUUUGACUCGAAGUGAAGCAGCGAUGACAGUUUUAAGUGGGCAUGUAGUCGUUUGCAUAUUUGGGGAUGUUAAAUCUGCUUUGAUUGGAUUAAGAAAUUUAGUGAUGCCAUUACGAGCCAGCAACUUUCACUACCAUGAACUCAAGCACAUUGUGUUUGUGGGGUCACUUGAAUACCUGAGAAGGGAAUGGGAGACACUGCAUAACUUCCCCAAGGUUUCAAUCUUGCCUGGUACGCCAUUAAGUCGGGCUGAUUUAAGGGCUGUCAACAUCAACCUCUGCGACAUGUGCGUUAUCCUGUCAGCCAAUCAGAAUAAUAUUGAUGAUGCUUCGCUGCAGGACAAGGAAUGCAUCUUGGCGUCACUCAACAUCAAAUCUAUGCAGUUUGAUGACAGCAUUGGGGUCUUGCAGGCUAAUUCCCAAGGCUUUACACCCCCAGGGAUGGAUAGGUCAUCUCCAGACAAUAGUCCGGUCCAUGGCUUGUUACGUCAACCUUCCAUUACAACAGGAGCCAACAUCCCUAUUAUAACAGAGCUAGUAAAUGAUUCAAACGUUCAGUUCUUGGACCAAGAUGAUGAUGAUGAUCCAGAUACAGAAUUGUACCUCACGCAGCCCUUUGCAUGUGGAACUGCAUUUGCUGUCAGUGUGUUGGACUCUCUCAUGAGCGCAACAUACUUCAAUGACAAUAUCCUCACACUGAUACGGACAUUGGUAACAGGAGGAGCCACACCAGAGCUGGAAGCACUGAUUGCUGAGGAAAAUGCAUUGAGAGGAGGUUACAGCACGCCCCAGACACUUGCAAACAGGGACAGGUGUCGAGUUGCUCAGUUGGCUUUGUAUGAUGGGCCGUUUGCAGACCUAGGGGAUGGAGGUUGUUAUGGAGAUCUAUUUUGUAAAGCACUGAAAACAUACAAUAUGCUUUGCUUUGGAAUUUACCGAUUAAGGGACGCGCAUCUAACUACUCCCAGCCAAUGCACUAAACGUUAUGUUAUCACAAACCCACCAUAUGAAUUUGAGCUUGUGCCGACAGACUUGAUCUUCUGUUUGAUGCAAUUUGACCACAAUGCUGGCCAGUCCCGGGCCAGUCUUUCUCAUUCCUCCCAUUCCUCCUAUUCUUCCAGCAAGAAGAGCUCAUCAGUUCACUCCAUCCCAUCAACAGCAAACCGACCGAACCGCACCAAGACCAGGGAUUCGCGGGAAAAACAGAAGUAUGUGCAGGAAGAUAGACUUUGA